UACAUUGUGCUUCUUGCAGCCCUGCACGCUGGUUGAACAGUGUUCAUGUCUCAUGCCGUGCAUGCGGCAGCCUGGUGCUGUGUGUGCGAGUCUUCGCGGUCCUCCUGAGCUCUGAGUGGUGCUGUCUCGCCUCUGCCCUCAUGUGAAAACUGCCUUCCAUUGCAUUUCUCCACCAGCGGACUAACCAGGCCCCUCGCAGCCGCUACACGGUGGCCCCGAGCCGGGCUGAUUCCCACCGCAGACCCGGCAGGUGUGACGUUGGUGGUACACCGGAGAACGGCGGGCAACGUAACCCAUUUUGGAAGCUGGAUUUACGGACUGCUGCGCGAGGGGGAAAGCCCGGGAUGUGAUGAAAUCCUAAUCAAAGGGGGCGAAGGCUGAUCAUCAGAGGUGAGGCUGCUGGAUUAUUGUCUGGGGGAGGGUGACGCGCACUUCACAGCAGCCCCUGCGCUGUCAGACGAGGAAGUGAGGCUUCAUACACGCCCAUUUCAGCCUGUCGACCCUGUUAGAAAAGCCCCAGAACCCGUUCAUCAGAUAACACAGCGGCAGACUUUAGGAAACAUGCGGUCACUUUCGGAUGGACGACGCCGGGAAUAACCCGCAGGACGACGCCGAUCUCAGAGGGCAGUGUGCUAAAGUGUUGAAGGAUGGACAGGGAGCUGGUACGACAGAGCCAAUCAGAACACGGAGAGGCCACCAAUGGAACCAGCCCUUCCACCACCACGCCCAACUCCUCCACCCCUACGACCCCCACCCCUCCUCGGCUCACCCCUAACCCCAUGCUCCUGGACUCUCCUGCUCCCACGCUGACGCCCACCACCUCCUCCCCACCGCCUCCUCUCACCCCUGCCCCCUCGGUGUCUGCGACCCACGCCCCGAAGAUGGCCACGGCGACAGCCGGCUCUCCGUCUCCCCACAUCCUCGUCCCUGCUCCCCCAAAACUCACCCCCACAGCGACCCCCGCCCUCCGCACGUACUCUCGCCCGAUCCUUCCCUCCCCGACUGGAGUCUCCAAAACAUCUCCUGCCACACAAACCGCCAGCUCCUCCUCUCUUCUCCCUCCUUCCUCCUCGUCCUCCUUCUCUUCUUCUUCUUCUUCUCCUGUUGUAGCCAGCACCACCUCGCCCCUCCUCACAUCUUCAUCUUCUUCUGCAACGCACAGCAGCACCACCACCACAUCAACCAAGACCUCCACCAGCCUGACCAACGGGAACACAAGGCCUGUAUCAACGCCAACCUCCACGCCAAUCACGCCCUUUCACACACCGGCCAGUCCACCUGGCAGACAGGUAUCGCAGACUCAUCCUGUGGGCACACCUGGUCUCGUACGAGCCAAUCAGAGCCCCUCCCCUGCUGUCAGGCAGCGGGUAUCCCAGCAGACUUUGCUCCUAGGGAAAGGUCUCAAAGGGUCUGGCCAGGACCAGGUGCUGCUUAGAGCUCAGAUGCUGAUUCUUACGUCUGCUAUGCGACCUGCCUUGUCCUCCUCCUCUUCUUCCUCCUCCUCCUCUUCUUCCUCUCCUCCUUCCUCUAACCCUGCCUCUGCUCAGCUGCAGAGUCUCACCCUGAGGCCUCCUCCCCCCGGGGCCCUCACCAUCCCCCCUUCCCUGCGCCUCAAACCCCCGUCCUCAGCCCCGCCUCCCCUCUCUCGCCCUCACGCUCCCCUCUUCCCACCACUCAGGCCGCGACCGCAGCCCAGCACCACGGCAACGGGGGAGAGCCCGACCACGCCCAGCCGCCACCUCUCCGUCCCACCUCCAACUCUGUACUCUCCGGUUCGAGCCGUCCCUCUGAGGCCCAGACUUCACUCUCCGAACGGUCACAGAGCAGCGUCGCCAAGGCAAACCUCGAACCUCCAACCAAUCGCUGCUGCUCCCGCCAGUCACGCCUCUCCCAUCGGCAGGCCGCUGGCUGGACUAAAGAGCUGUCCGUUAACUCAAACUAUGCUGGGGCCCAGCCAAUCCCAGCACAGCUCGUUAUCUGUGACCAACCCCAUGUCCGUUUCGUCCCAUUUCGAGCGUUCGCCUUCUGCGGCGAGGCAGCUACAGAUCAUCGCCCUCUCUUCGGGCCGCCAGCCACAAUCGGGGACGUACGCCCACACUGUGCAGUCCACGCCUCCGGUUGUGGAGUCGCCUGAGCUGUCCAGCCAAUCAUCAAAGAGGACGUCGAGCAGUGAAGACCUGCUUCCUCUUCCUCUAAACCCAACAUUGCCAAAAAACAGCUCUCCUCUGCCCUCGCCUCCGUCUCUCCUGAGUCCAGCAUCGCCUCCGAGUCAGGCUGGUCCUCAAACACAAACUCUGACGCAGAAAGGAGACGUGAAGGACGGCGAGGAGCAGCGAGAAAGAGGACGAGGGCUGAGACAAGGAGUCAGAGAUGAGGGGAGUGUUGGUAAAGACCUGAAAGUGGAGAGAGACGACCAAAGAGAGAAAGUGAAGGAGGAGAAACGGAGGCUUUCAAAUGAGAAGGAAGGAGGCGCCGCGACCCAGAAGGAACGGGAAGUUGAAGCAGUCAGAGAAGAAGAACAAAUGGAAGUGACGGAGGAAGGCCAGAGCGACAAAGAGAGGGCAGAAAGAGGGGAGGACAAAAAAAUGGAGGAGGAAGAACAAGGAGAGACGGCUAUGGACCAGUCCGAGAGCCUGACCAGUCAGGUUCUCCACCGUUACCAGAACAUGGAUCCUAUCCCAACGCCUGACCCCGUUAAAGACUCCAACGUGGAACCAAAACCCAUCCUGGGUCUCAUUUCGACCCCCGUCCCAGUCCCAGUACCAGUUCCAGUCCCGGAGGUCUCUGUCCAAAGUCAGAGGCUACCCGAGUCUCACCGGGACCUCCAGCCGGUCAGCCAGGAGGACUUCUGUGAGAACAUGUCCACACAGUCUGACAACCAGUCAGCCUUGUCCAGCCUCUCCUCUCAGUCUCCCCCCUCCUCACCCUUCAUCACCCCCUCGGCAGAAAACCCUCCACCCCUCCUCCCCGCUCAGAGCGCCCACCCGACCGACCUCAGCCUGUCGCAGCACGCGGCGGCGGCAGAGGAGGAGGACAAGGUCGACAAAGCGGCUGCGGGCGGGGCCGAAACCGAGACGAGGGAGCCCUACGACCAAUCGGAAGACGAGUCUGACAGCUUGAGCCAAUCGCUGAGCACCCCCUGGGAGCCGAGGGCGUGGCCUGAGGGACGACAGGUUCUGACUCACCUGGUGGAGGGAUUUGUCAUCCAGGAGGGGCUCCAACCGUUUCCUGUGAACCGCUCGUCCUUGCUGGUUCCAGAACAGGUGACCAAACCACAGGAAGUGAACGGGACCAAUGGGAAAGCGGCGCUGCCUGUGACGGACGCGAUAAAACAAGCUGAGCACUCCACCGACUCGGAGCAGGAGGACGCAGGAGACACGGACGACGCCGGGAACAGGUCGGCCCACAGGGACCGGACGGUUCUGCACUGCCAGUUCUGCGGGAAGAGAGGCCACGCGCACAACUUCAUGCGGUCCAAGCGCUUCUGCUCCACUUCCUGUGCACGCGGGUUUAACGUUCGUCUGACGAAGCGUCUGCGGGCUCUGAGUGCAGGCAGCCGGGCAGAGCGGCCCCGGCCGGCCCUUAACAGAGCGGAGUCUGUUCCCGGGAAGCCUCUUUUACUGAGACUGCCUCGUGAUCUCUGGAGCGCCGGCCGUCGGGAGAAGGAGGGAAAGGAGAAGGCGGUGGCGGCAGAAGAAGAGGAAGAGGAGGAGGAGGACAUGAGGGGAGGAGGGGAGGAGGAGGAUGAAGACGACGAUGGUGGAGAGGAGGAUCCUGCCGUCGCCAUGACAGCCAGGAUGGAGCAGCGGGCGGCUCGGAGAGCGAGGAGGGCGUCCGCGCCCGCCUUGACGUCCUCCACGCCCACGACCACGUACAAACCCGCUCCCUCGCAGUGGAGCGUGGAGGAAGUGACGGCCUUCAUCCACACACUGCCAGGCUGCAGUGACGUCGCGGAGGCCUUCCGGCUGCAGGAGAUCGACGGCCAGGCUCUGCUGCUGCUGACCGAGGACCACCUGAUGACCAGCAUGAACAUCAAACUGGGACCGGCUCUCAAGAUCUGCGCUCACAUCAACUCACUGAAGAACCACUGAGAGCGAAAACAGAUAGAAACAAGAAAGAGAGAGAGAGAGUCGUGAGGACGUGAUGACGAAGGAAAACAGGCAAUAAAGAUGUGGGGGGUAAAAAACCGAGGAGUGGAGGACGUUAAAAGUUUCUGUGGUUACGAGAAACAAAAGCUGACACCAAGGACGACAGAACAAAGUCACAAAAAGAGAUUGGUGGUAAAUUAUGAGAUUAUAAAUCGAGGUGUGGCCUUAGGAGACGGGAACAGAGGAGGAGGUUUGCAGAAGCGUGGAGACGAGUCCAGAAGAAAAUUUCAUCCAUGUGUUUUGGGCCCUCUCACUGUAGCAGGAGACCUGGGGGGGUUUUGUAACUUUGUGUACAUUUUACAUGCCGCUGGAGAGUGUAAAUUUGAAGCUAUUUCAUGAAGGAUUUUGAACAUUUAAUAUAUAAAAUUUGUCUAUUUAGUUUUUUUAGAACGUGACGUCACAUGACAAAUCUAUCCAGUAGCUAACAUAACCGGUGUGUGUAAAAGAAAAACAAAAAAAACAAUAAUAAUGAUAAUAAUGAUGAUGAUACGUAGACUUUGUAAGUGAUUGAUUAAAGUUUAAUGUUUUAUAUCACUAUAUUCUGGACAAAAACAUGUCUGUGGAUUUAAAAAAAAAGAAAAAAGAAGUCACUAUCAGGGUAGAGACUGGUGUCUUUAAUCGUCACAUUUUUAUGGUAUCCUGCUUGAAAUUAUUUAAUAAAUGAAUAAUUAAUCAAAA